AUGUGGUUGAGAAACUCGUACCCUACAUAUGGUUACUCGUCUGCUGGUUUAAUCGUUGGGAUUGAUCGUGUACUAGUCUUUCUUAAAGGCCAAGAAUUUUGUCGUCGUAGUUAA